AUGUCCAGCUACACCACAAGAAAGUCACUAGACGCAAAAGCUUCAACUCUUGCAGCCUCUUUAGCGCCUGAUAUACCGGUCAGCAGAAGUUCGAAAGAGACAAUGAACCGUGUAACCUCACGAGAUCCUCCUAAAUCCCUCAUGAAGGCGAUUCACUCUUUCCCGCACGGGAGGCCGGAAACCGAGCUCGAAGAUCAAUCACCAAAGACCUGUGAAUCAUGCGAGGAACAUACAUCACCAAUCUGGAACUGUUCAUAUUGCGGAAUGAAUUUCUGCGACCCCUGUUGGGGUAAGCAGGGUCCACACAAGCGUGGAAGAACUGCUCCGGAUGGAUUGCCACACGAGAAGGCUAAUCCAUCCAUUGUGCGAAGGUUUAGGGACAUCCUAACGCCACCAAAAGAACAUCUUACACAAGAAGCAUUGCAUAGAGAAGACGAGGACACAACCUGGUUCGGUUUAGCAAGAGACAAGGACAACAAAGCGAUAUUACAAGAUUAUGGCCGCUAUACAGCUAUCAUGGCGGAAAGCUACACUGGUGACUACCAGUCAAGAUAUCCCCAGCUUGUAUCCUUUAUUGGUCAAACUGGUGCCGGAAAGAGCACCCUCAUCCGGAUGCUCAUCGAACAGCAGGAAACCAUACAAAGGGCGCGUGGUUGGAAGUUUCCCUCACCUGUUGUAGGUUCACUUGCACAUGGCAAUGUGCCAACAUCUGGAGAUGUGCAUCUAUAUAGUGAUCCAAGCACGUACUCAUCUGAGUACCCCAUACUCCUAGCCGAUUGUGAGGGCCUAGAGGGGGGUGAAAACAUCCCCAUCAGUGCACAGUACCGAGAAAGCUCAUCAACGGUUACGGAAAAGAAGGCAAAGGAUAAAGAUUCAAAGCUAAAGGACAAAGAUUCGAAGCCAAAGACAUUCAUAUCUAGAGGGAUAAACUCGAGCCGUCGAGAACUCAAAUGGGCAACUUGUCCAGAGAAGAAGAAACGUCAAUACGCAGUAACUGAGCUCUACCCACGGUUACUAUACACGUUCUCAGACGUUAUCGUCUUUGUGCUUCGCAAUCCAAAAACUUUCGAGUCGACGGUACUGUCCACGAUGCUCAACUGGGCGAGGUCAUCAAUAGAAAAAUCGCUCAACCAGCCCACAUUGCCUCAUGUGGUCAUUGCACUCAACGUCACGGACACACGGAUUGACGAACAGGCAUGGGAUCCAGAGCACGCAACAAGGUCUUUAAUGGCUGACGUGGCGGGGGCUGUUGAUCGAGAUCCCAAUUACAAAGAGCUGAAGACCUUUUGGGUCGCACGAGGCAAGACUAUUGCGACUAUGCAGGAUCUAUUAGAGUGUUACUAUUCAUCCAUCACAGUUGUGCGAAUUCCAGGAGAUGGCCGUUACAUGAUGAUCAACACUCAGGUUCAGACCCUCCACGACACGCUAUCUAGACGAUGCAAGGAAUCCUUCAACGCGAAAAGGAGGUCAAGAAUGCUUUCAACCUCUGAAAAUCUCAACAUCUAUCUUCAGUCUGCCUUUGAUCACUUUUCAAACGACUUGGACACACCGUUCAACUUUAUGGAUGUUUCCUUUCAAAUCAAUCCAAUUCCAUUAGACCUUGGCGGGAAUAUACUCAAGCUUGCAGUAGCCAUGAUGCCCUGGUUCAGUAGUCCUUGGACGAUAUUUGAGGAGCUAAGCUUCAUGGUAGCCUCAUGUAUCUUGCUAGAUUGCGUUCGACAAAAUCUCAGAGGUCCCCCACAACAGAUUUUUGAGAACCACUACCUUGUCCACUGCUAUAAAGCUCUGGAAAACUUCUGUGCAGGCUACUGGCCAUGCACAUACCAGGGCAGGUACGGGGAUCGUUGCGUCAACGUCGAAGGAAGUCAUAGUAAAGGUCACCAGAAUGCAAGGGGAAGGAUCAUGCGCGAAGGUUCCUACAUGUCUGACUUCACAUUUGAGGAUUUUGGUGAGCCAUGGCUUCAGUUCCUAAACCAACACCUCGCCAAGAUGCAAACGGAGCUCAAUACACAAUUGAUGCAACCACCAUCAACAGAUGAGCUGGAAAUAGUUACCAAGCUUCAUCGUGCCAACAUCGACAUGUUCUAUCAACGUUUGGGCGGCGCGCAGAGGUUUGUCAGUCAUCAAACCUGCUUUUCUUGCCUUCGAGAGCUUGCAGAACACCCUCUUCCUUGUGGACACGUCUUGUGCACGCCAUGCAUCAAGAGCUAUGGGAAGCCGGAUGCAAAUCUGUCCUAUUCAUAUGCUAUGGCCUCAUGUCCGCUCCACCAAGCUGACACUGUCUUUCCCGUUCAUUGGCCAGUGUUCUUCAAACCGCCUCUUGCCGGCGUGAGGAUAUUGUCACUCGAUGGGGGAGGGGUGAGGGGUGUCGUGAUUCUGGAAGUUUUGUCGAGGAUUCAGCAAGAGCUUGGGAACCAAAUACCCAUACAAGACUUCUUUGACCUUAUUAUCGGCACAAGCACUGGAGGUAUCGUAGCGCUUGCUCUUGGUAUCAAAGGCUGGCCCAUCGCGCAUUGUAUCAAGUCUUUCAAAACGCUUAUGCUCAGUGCAUUCACCCAACGAUUUCCCCGUAGAUUGGGAAAAAGUAAGUAUGAAACAAAGCCUCUAGAUGCUUGCCUAGCGGAGACCUUUGGGGAAGAAACCAUGUUUGCUGGUGUGCCGUCGGACAGUGCCCAUGGUUGUUUACGAAAAGUUGCAGUCACUGCUGCAACAGAAACGGGCGAGAAAGCUGUGAUCUUCGCAAAUUACAAUCGGAAAAGCGAUUCAGAAGGCUCCGCACGAGCAACAUCCGCUGCACCGACAUAUUUUAAACCCUUUGUCAACUCACGAACAAAAGAGGCGUUCUUAGACGGAGCUAUACACUAUAACAAUCCAGUUCGUAUAGCGAACUACGAGAGCAUGUUGCUCUGGCCCACUGCAGAAGGACGUCAUCCCGAUAUUUUGCUGUCCAUUGGGACCGCUUUCAAUGAGCCACGCCCUGAAGACAAAAAGAAUAACGCAACGCACAAGCCUUACAGUGAGCCUAGAGCAUGGUACACAAUCUUCAAGAGGCACGUCAAGAACUUCCUUGAUGCAGAGCUGACAUGGAACACCUUCCUUAACGACGUCAUGAGUACAUCGUCCCCCAUCGCAGCUCAACGUUAUGUCCGCUUGAAUCCCAAGUUGGCGAUCUCGGUACCGAAGAUGGACGAUGUUAAAUCGUCCGGGACGCUGCAAACUCAAGUCAAGAAUGAACUCAACACAACGGAGAUGCAAGUCUUAGUCGAGAAGGUUGCGCACCGUCUCAUCUCGAGCUCGUUCUACUUUGACAAAACUGGGACAGCCAAAGAAUAUCUCGGAUCUAUGGCCAUAGAAGGUACGAUUAAAUGCAGAUUUGCGACAGAGUCCGAGAACUUGCGGCAUCUUGGCGCCAAUAUCAAGACCAAGUUCAAAAGACGUAACUUCCAGCCUUUCUUCCGUGUGCAUGAGGUGACGCAUGACGAAAAUGCUCAGGAUAUCCAGCUUGGUCACGAUAUAUUGGAAGAUAUGAUUGAAGUUCUCGACUUUCGUAUGGAUACUAUCACGAUACCAGUAACAUCGGAAUCCGCGCUAGUCAGCAUCGAUCUUCAUCUCACAGAUGAUGCGAUGAAGCCCGAGCUACGAAAUGGAUUUCCGAUAAGUGGAUUUCCCCGCAGUUUGGCCGAUGAUGAGCCUUUGAAGAGGCCAACCUCUCCACCCUCAACACCAUUGCCUACACCGCCAGCAAUAGCAAGUAAACGUCAGAGUCUUCGAGCUAAACAAUCCUUACGUCGCGUGAGUGAUGAAAGUGUCAAGCGCGGUCAACAAGGUGGUCUUCACAAGAGCACAGAUAGAGACAAUACUAUCCCUGAGAUGGAGGAACACGUAGAAGAUUGGGCUCGCCGUCUCAGUGAGGGUGUACGCCCACCAAAUUUCGGGCGUCCAUCCUCUAACCAAGGAUCUAUGAAUUCGUUGACUUCGCUUCAACAGCUCGACGAAGCUGUUGGACGAUAUGUCGCUGUCUCAGAUCAAGCAGGCAAAGACACCCAUGAUGGUCUGAGAGUUGGUAAGUAA